UGUGUGUGUGUGUGUGUGUGUGUGUGUGUGUGUGUGUGUGUGUGUGUGUGUGUGUGUGUGUGUGAUAUUGGCCUAAUGCCACAUGCUAUCCGUUAAGAGCAGGCAGAGGAACUUUACAGGUGUGAUAAUGUCAGGGCCACGAAACAGCCUGAAAUAUGUCUCUCUCACCUCACGCAGGUGGUUGGAAGAUAUAAAUACAUCACGCUCUGUUGGUUCAUUCCCAUUGACGGCGUGUGCUGUAUAAUGUAUGUUCACGUGCGCGCACUUUGUCUGUUCAAUACAUGCCGUCGUGUUCAGGCCUGUAUUUGCAGUAAUGUGGAUGAUUCAGUACCGUACGCGCAGUCGUGUUGUGCGUGAACUUUCCUAAAGCCACACGUAGGCGAGGCCCGUUAACCUGCGGUUCGUGUUACCGUCGACAACACCAUCUACCAGGGUUAGGGUUUACCCCCCCCCCCCCCCCCCACACACACAUCAAUUGAAUGUAUUCUUUUAAAAUAUUACAGGUUUUGUAUCGUUUUAGCCAGGAGUUCUGAGUUGAGUUUCAAGCACAACUAAAUCCUUUUCCCUUUGACUAUAUUGACUAUAUUUUUUAAGAUCUGGGAAAAUAUCUGCUGUAAAUUAAAUAUGAAUCAUAUUUUAAUCUUGUAAAAUAUCUGCUGUAAAUGAAAUAUGAAUAAUAUUUUAAUCUUGUAAAAUAACUACUGUAAAUUAUAUAUAAUGAAUAUUAUAUUUGAAUCUGGUAAAAUAUCUACUGUAAAUUAUAUAAUGAAUAUUAUAUUUGAAGCUGGUAAAAUAUCUACUGUAAAUUAUAUAUAAUGAAUAUUAUAUUUGAAUCUGGUAAAAUAUCUACUGUAAAUUAUAUAUAAUGAAUAUUAUAUUUGAAUCUGGUAAAAUAUCUACUGUAAAUUAUAUAUUUUAGUAAUUUUUUAUCAUAUUGACUGUUACUUUACUGUGAUACUGGUAAAACAAGGGCCGUUUCCCAGACAGGCCGGGACUAAGAAGCAUAUUCCAUUUAAUUGCUUUUUAAUCCCGGGUUAGGGUUAAUCUGUGUUUGGCAAACCGCCUCUUAUCAUUCGAAUUCAUGCCCCCACAUGCGUUUGUCUCAAUGUGCACUGGAUUAGUGAAGAGGUUCCUGUUACGUGGAGGCGUCCGUCUUUCAGAGUCAAAUGACCGAUAGCGUCUACUACUCGCUUAACGUAUUGAUAGGCCCUCUAUACCUUUCACUCUUUCUUGGCCAUUAGUCUGUACAAACCCAUCAAAAUAUUCUAGUAUUUUACUAUAGUUUAUUUCAUACCUGUCUGAAACAGUAUCCUAUAAAUGUAUAUAUUUUUUUUUUUAGGUUUUCAGAAUUUGGUUUAUUUCUCAAUACCUUGCCGUCGGGGUGAGGAGAUACCGGGAACCAGAUCGCCCCCACGUUAGCACCCCGUCCCCGGCGGUGUGAAACCAGCCCCAACCACCUUCUGAGCCACGAUGCACAGUCAUGACAUGCCUCUUGCUCUUACUGCUACAUUUCAAACAUCUUUGACCUCCUCAUCCUCACCAUCUUCAUCAAUUGAUUCACAUUUAAUUCAACCCAAACUGUUACCACGUAGUGUAGUAAGUGGUGGGAAAAAGUAACCCAAUUAUCGUACCUGAGUAAAAGUAAAGAUACCUUCAUAGAAAAUGACUCAAGUAAAAGUGAAAGUCACCCAGUAAAAUACCACUUGAGUAAAAGUAUUUGGUGUAAAUUAAGUAUCAAAAGUAAAAGUGUGAAUCAUUUUUAAAAUUCCAAAUAUUAAGCAAACUAGACGGCACAAUUUUUUAUUUAAUUUUUAAAAUGACGGAUAGCCAGGGGGGCAAACUCCAAAGACAUUUACAAACUAAGCAUUUAUGUUUAGUGAUUCCUCCAGAUCAGAGGCAGUAGGGAUGUUCUCUUGACAAGCCUGUGAAUUGGACCGUUUCUGUCCCGUGAAGCGUUUAAAAUGUACGGAGUAAAAAUUACCUUAUUUUCUUGAGGAAUAUAGUGAAGUAAAAGUUGUCAAAAUUAUAAAUAGUAAAGUACAGAUACCCCCAUAAAACUACUCAAGUAGUACUUCAAAGUAUUUUUUACUGAAGUACUUUACACCACUGAGUGUAUUUUGGAUGAUAAAUUGUACUGUGUCAGUAUGAGGUAGCUGUACAAACCUCCAUUGCUUUACUUUAAAAAAAUAUAUAUAUAGUCUGAGUGCACUCUACAGCAGUAUUCUCUUAGUAAAGGUGUUGAUAACAGGCUCGUAAAUGUCAAACUGAGAUGUAUGGGAGAAGAGAGAGAGAGAGAGAGAAAGAGAGAGAGAGACACAAGGCCAGAUGUUGCUGUGUCAAACUGAGAACUGUGUUCGAGGUCUGGGCCCGCUGCUCUGUGGUGGGUUGUUCUCCAUCUGUGUGUGUGUGUUCAUGUCAUUUUGUUCCAGGAUCGCAAUGACGAGGUGUGUGAGAGAUCAGAGGGCUCUCUCUCUCUCCCUCACACCCUCCAUCUCUCUGUUUCUGUCUGUCUCUCCCUUUCUUUUUCAGACACACACAGAGGUGCGAUCAGAGGUUUUGAGAGAGCGUCAGCGAGCUCAUAACCGCUCCUACGAAACUCCCUCCCACACGUUGAGUCUGAGAACCAGUUAUUACCUUGAUCGGCGGUUGACAAGAAAGAAAAGAAGGGAGAGAGAGAGAAGGAGAGAGAGAAAGAAAGAGAAAGAAAAGAAGCGAGAGAGGAGGAAAUACAUAGAAGAUGCACAGAACACACUCAGAGAGACCAGAGACUACCCUAUGGCUGAGAGAAUACCCCUCCGACUGCCAACUCCCCAGCCUUACCAGGACCCAUGCUUCCAGCAUCACACCCACCUCUCCCACCACUUACACCCCAGCAUCGGGAGCCCCGGUCUGGGCCAGACAUCUUGCCACCACCCCCUGGAGCUCCAGACUCCCCUGGAGCAAUAUGGAGGAACUGGAAUAGAGGCAGCACCCAGGACCACUCUCCCCGAUUCAAGCCCCUAUUAUAGAGGGAGCAGAGACAGCUACAGGGGUGGGGGUGGUGGAAGAGGAGGUUAUGUAGAGGUUCGUGGACAUAGCAGAGGUGAUAACUGUAGUGAUGUUGAUGGUAGAGAUGUUUGUUUUGGUGCGCAGAAAGCUAGCUACCGUAAUAGGGGGGUUGCGGAUGAUGUUGUAGGUCAAGGGGAUGAUUUCGGCAGACAUUUUGAAAGUCAGAGCCUUGCCUAUGCUACCCAGAGGGAUGAGGACUGCGAUGGCGAUGACAGCAGCGCCAGUGGUAGUGGUGGUGAUAUUUACCACAGAAUAGAUGAGGACUGUAAAAGGGAUGAUGUCUUUUACAGAACGGAUGAAGGCUGUAACAGCAGUAGGGAUGAUGUUUUCUACAGCAACAGUAGAGAUCAGGGGUGUGAGGAGAAAACGGACGAGGGGUCUAACACUAGAGAUGAGGUCUUUUACAGAAUGGAUGAUAGCAGGAAUGACGUCUUUCAAAGAACGGAUGACGUCUGUAGUAACAGGGAUGAUGUGUUCUACAGCAGAGAUGAUGUGUGUGAGGAGAGGCGAGAUGGUAGCAGUGGUUAUAGAGACACCACUACCGGUAGCCAUGAUGGUGGAAACAAUAGAGCUGAUCAUCUCUAUAAUGGUAUUGAUAUCUUUGAUGAUACAGGAAAGAUGGAUAGUUUGAGAAGGCUUGAUGAUGCAGGAAAGAGGAAUAAUAUGAUAAGGGUUGAUGAUUUCGGAGGAGAAUGUGAUGAUUUUGGUGAUAAAAGGUCCAUUCUGGAUCCUCCAGAGGCCCAGUUCAAGCCUGGGUUUUGGGUGAGUCCCUCUCCCCCAGAUCAGGGUUCUGUGGCUUGGGAAGGCAGUGAGAAGGGAGGGGGGUACCCCAAGGAUUGGGCAUCUCUGUACUCCUAUUCCCAGGCAGCAAGUGGCCCUAGUGGUGGUGGCGUUGGGGUGUACCGGCAGAAACUGGACUCCUUUUCAGAGGCGUUCUUCGUCAGACGCAACGUCGCCGGCAACAGAAUUCCGAAUGGGAUUUCCGGAAGUGGGGUUUUAGGAUUCGGAUCGGGAGGACAAAGCACAGGAUGGAUCAAAACGAGUGCUUACAAUUCCCUCACAGACUCUUCCACUCUCCCUCCUCCUCCUCACCCCUUCCCCCUGCUCCUUAGCCCUCCUCCCUCCCCACUCCCCCCUCCCAAACUCACCACGACCCCUUCUCUCGGGACAGUUGAACUCACCCAGACCCCAGGGGGGGAUUGUAGUGGAACAGUCCAGUUUUACCCCUCCUCUCACCAGCCACUCCACACUUCCCACCCCUCCACCGUCAUGUGGAAGCUCCCACCCUGUCAUUGGCCGCAGCAGUCAGGUGAAGAGGGUGUCGUCGACGGCAACCCCUCAAGCGCCGGCCAUGUAUACUGCCAGGAGGCAGUGUUCACUCAGAGACAUGUUCACCAGGACUAUGAGAAUAAUACAGGUCACUAUAGUCUUCAAACUCCGGUACAAUCAACCGUUGUCUCUGCCACACCCCUUCACCUAUCCUCUCUUCUAUCCCAGCCCCCCAGUGGACUGCCACAGCAUGGAGCAGCACCCCUAGUGGUGUUUAGAGGUACUCCCUUCCCUAGUCCGCUCCAGUCUCCUAGAGGAGGGCAGAGGGGAGUGGAGCGGAUUGGGAGAGGGCUCCACUACACCCCUCUACCUAUGCUGAACCCCAGACGCAGAGGAACGGGGCUUCUCUCCUCCCUCGUCCCCCCUUCAGCUGGGGAACGAGGGAUGGGAAGGAUGACUGAAGAGGAGAAGGGAUCUUUUUUACUUCCGUGUAUCAACGUGGGUCGAGGGUUCCAGGCUGAGCUGCCAUGUUGUCUAGAGAGGGAGGAGGUGUCAGGGGCGUGGCCAGAAGAAUCAUCAUCCAAUGAGGAGUUGCUCUGGAAACCUUGGGAGGAGCUUCAGAUGAGUUCUGUAAUUCAGGAAAAAGGUAGUGAUGUGUGGCAGCAGACUGAGAGGUCUCUGUUCAGUAAAGCGUUGACGACCCACGGCAAAGAUUUCUCUCUCAUCCAACAAAUGGUGCAGACUAAGUGUGUGUCUCAGUGUGUGGAGUUCUACUAUCUGUCCAGGAAACUUCCUGACAAACAGAGGAAACAGAGGGAGGAGGAACGAGGGAUGGAGGAACAGACGAGUGUGGUGUCCCUCCCUAAACCUAUGGAACGGGUGGUACCAGCCCCGUCAUUGGCUACCAGCUUCCCCUGUAAGCAGUGUGGAAAGAUGUUCUAUAAGAUAAAGAGUCGUAACGCCCAUAUGAAGAUCCAUAGGCAGCAGCAGGAUAACUGGAGACACCCCCCAGGCCUCGGCAUCAACCUAGCCCAGAACGUCACCCCCAACCUCGGCACCAAUCUACCCCAGCGCCAGGCUUCAGGUCGGGCCUACCUCCCAGGUCCCAUCAACAGCAACCACCACACUGGUGGUGCUCACACCAUCAUCAUCAACAACAUCAGUGUUCCAAACAUUCCAAACACCAAUACCAUAACCAAUAGCAACAGUGUCAGUGUCAUCGACUCCACCCCUAAUCAGAGAGGACACGCCCCCCUCCUCUCUGUCCAGCAAUCGUGGGACUUGUUUCAGCUGAACUCUGAUCCUGCGGCAGGGUUCUACUAUGACCCGGAAGUGAAAGGAGCCCUGGGAGUCACGGGGGGAGGGGUGAAAGGUCAAGUCCUCUGGCAGUAGAGUUCUAGAAUCAGAAUGAAUAGAACAGACAUGUAUAGGACUACAUUCACGCUUUGCACCAUCAAAAGCAUUUAAAAGAUAUAAAUAUAGUGAGAAAUAUGUAAAUUAUGUUUAAUAUGUAUUUAAAUGUUUUGAAUUUCAAUUUGUAUUAAAAUGGAUUUUUGUAUCUCUCUUA